GCGGCACAACAAUGGAGCUCAAAUAAUUGACUUUGGAUUGACACAUUCAGCAGAGAAAAGGGAAUUCUUCUUCCACUUGCUAUAGGAAACCUGUUCACUGUCUGUAAGAUAAUCUGAUUGUAGAGGAAAAAGAAAGGAAAGUAACAAUGGCGCUGAUGGUUCUGCCGGUGUUGGGCCCCAUCUCAGUGUCUGAGAGUCUUGUGGCCAUCGUAACGAUAUGCAUCGUGUAUCUCAUCAUGCGCCUCAUGCGCACUAAGAUUCCAGAAGGACUCCAGAAGCUUCCCGGUCCAAAACCUCUUCCCAUAAUCGGAAACGUCCUGGAAGUGGGGAACAAUCCACACCUCAGUCUGACUGCCAUGAGUAAGUGCUACGGCUCCGUCUACCAAAUCCAGAUUGGCAUGCGCCCGGUGGUGGUGCUCAGCGGAAACGAGACCAUCCGCCAGGCGCUCCUCAAACAGGGCGAGGAAUUCUCUGGGCGACCUGAGCUCUACAGCACCAAAUUCAUCAGUGAUGGGAAGAGCCUAGCCUUCAGCACGGAUCAGGUCGGAGUGUGGCGUGCCCGCCGUAAACUAGCACUGAGUGCUCUGAGGUCCUUUGCAACAGUGCAAGGAGAAAGCGCUGAAUAUUCUUGUGCUCUUGAGGAGCAUGUUAUCAAAGAGGGACUCUAUCUGAUAGAAAGAUUACACACUGUCAUGAAGGCUGAUGGGAGCUUCGAUCCUUUCCGUCACAUCGUGGUAUCCGUGGCCAAUGUGAUCUGCGGAAUAUGUUUUGGCCGUCGUUACAGCCACGAUGACGAAGAGCUAGUGGGUUUGGUCACCAUGAGCGAUGAGUUUGGGAAGAUUGUGGGUAGUGGCAACCCUUCAGAUUUUAUCCCAUUCCUGCGAUUCCUGCCCAGCAAAUCCAUGAAGAAGUUCCUGGACAUCAAUGCUCGAUUCAGUAACUUCAUACAGAAGAUUGUGAAGGACCAUUAUGACACUUUCGACAAGGACAACAUCCGUGACAUCACCGAUUCGCUCAUCGACCACUGCGAAGACAGAAAGCUGGAUGAGAACUCAAAUGUCCAAGUGUCCGAUGAGAAGAUUGUUGGAAUCGUCAAUGACCUAUUUGGAGCUGGUUUUGACACUAUCAGUACAGCUCUCUCCUGGGCUGUUGUCUAUCUAGUGGCUUACCCCGAGAUCCAGGAAAGACUAUAUAAAGAACUGAAUGAAAAGAUCGGAAUGGACCGUACGCCAUGUCUGUCAGACAGAUCUGAAAUGCCGCUGCUCGAGGCUUUUAUUCUGGAGAUCUUCCGCCAUUCAUCUUUCCUUCCGUUCACAAUCCCUCACUGUACCACCAAAGACACAUCACUCAAUGGAUACUUCAUUCCCAAAGACACCUGUGUGUUUGUUAACCAGUGGCAAGUCAACCAUGACCCAAAACUUUGGAAAGAUCCAUCCUCCUUUAACCCUGAUCGGUUCCUUAGUGCAGACGGUACAGAACUCAACAAGACUGAAGGAGAAAAGGUGAUGGUUUUCGGCUUGGGGAAGCGCCGCUGCAUCGGAGAGGCCAUCGGACGCAUCGAGGUCUUUCUGUUCCUGGCCAUCCUGCUGCAGAGGUUAAAGUUCAGCAUUAUACCAGGAGAAAUGCUGGAUAUGACACCCGAGUAUGGGCUCACCAUGAAACACAAGCGCUGUCAGCUGCAGGUCACGCCGCAGCCUGGGUUUGAACUAAAUAGCGCUGCAUCGUGAUCUAAACAAAAGGUCAUUAGAGUUCAAGAUUCAGUCUGUAAACUUCUCAUUUGUGAUUCCAGUCCUGUGAAAAGCUCGACAUCAGCUCACAAUGCCAAAAAUUUGAAAGAUGUUUGUAUCAAUCAGGUCAAGCAUAUGGUGUAUUUUAAUGCAGUAAUUUCAACCAUGCUGGACUGCACAGCUCAAACCCCAGAGACUGCACCUUGAUUUAUCAUCUCUUAUCAUGUAUACAUCUUCUUUUCAAAUGCAGGUUCACUUUCACAGCUUAAACGUGGGUUUAAACUCUUUCAUCCUUUCACAACUCAUGCAAAUGCUGAUAAAAUAUUUGUGCUUCCAAAUAUAGAGCAGACUAGCGCAGAUAACACUGAGUGCCUGUCGCAACUUUGCACGUUAAGCUGCUUUCACGCCAGUCUGUCAAACGAUACCUUUGAUUGUUAUAAGCUUUAUAGAGAUUCCUCAAACCACUGCUCGUCUUGUGACGACACAAACUGAAGCUAUUUUCUAAUAUUACAUUACGAUCCCAAAAUGUGAUCCACGUGUAAAUAUACAGCCAUUAUUACCAUGUGCCUGUUCUUCUGUUUGUUCAGAUUGUUGAAGUUUUAUACCUACUGUUUUGUAUUUAUCAAGGUGCUUCCAGAUAUCCGAUAUCGUUAUAGAUCAAUCUAGAUUUUCUUCCCUGAAUUAUUAUUUUUUUAUUGUUUAAUUGUUUAAUCUGUGACCUGAUCCUCUCUGUGGCAGAUGUUUUUUAUUUUAUAUUUGUAUAAUGAAGGAAUUUAACAUCUGAAGUUCUAAAGAUGUCAUUUAAUAAAUAAAUACUGCAACUGUGCUCUCAUACCAA